UUAACGGUUGAAUUGACAUUGUCCUAUAGUGAGAUGCGAAACAAGGUUUUGUUCGAUUUUUUCUUAAUGAGUGAGCUUAUUUAUGUACUUUAUCGUGGACUAAUAAAUUUUUGUCUAUUAUAUACUUUUUUUUCUGCUCUUACAAUUUUACAUGGGUGUUUCGAAAAAGGUAUAGCUAUGUUUAUAAGUCCUCACGUGACAAAUAUCUAUUAAUAACUCACCCCUAGUUAAUAAAUCUAUUAAU